AUGCCUCGUUGUCCUGUGACGUUGGAGCCAUGGCUAACAUCCUUCGACCAUGGCGCCGCACAUCUGGAACAUGUCACGACACGAACCCAGGGUGCCAAGCUCAAACACACCUACAUGCGGAACAAGAUCUAUUAUCUUCGCCGCAUGAAGUUCGCCGUGUACCAACUGGCAACGACUACCAUGGGUGCUUUCUUGAGCGGAGGAAUCGCUUUGAGGCAUAUCAUUGACAUGAGCAAUUUUGUCGCCAGCUUCGCAUUCAGCAUAUUCUACAGCAUCUUCCUGGCACUUAUCUUUGGCACUGCUGUGUUCUUUGGCCUGUUCGGACCGGAGCCAGAGGCACGCUUCAUCCAGUGGACUUGGCAGCUCAACGCUGCUGCGUCAAGUGUCUUCCAGCUGGCGGCGGCCCUUGCGACGACAAUCGUUGUAGCGACAUGUGGAGUCCAUAUAUCUCCGGGGCGUCAAUGGAGGAAGAAAAUGCUAUUCUGGGCAAUUGGCAUGGGCCCCAUUUAG